UUUAAUUUAGUUGAAAAUUCAAGAAUAACAAUGAAGACAACAUUUGUUAUGAUUUAUUGAUUGACUGGAUUAAUUAUGAUCUAAGAUACUGAUGAUCAGAGAUUAAUGUUUAACUGUUGAUUAGUUAAACCCAGUUGAUCGAAUAAAUAAGUAUAAAUAUGGUCUUAGUAAAAAUAAGAUGAGCAAUUGAAUCAAGUAUAUCAACUAAUCAUGUUAGCCUCGUUCAUUUUAUUAACUUUGCUCAUUAAUUUCCACCUCGAUGAAGCUUGUUUCAUCACUAAUUGUCCACCCGGAGGGAAAAGAUCUCAUGGUGACAUUUACCAUAUGAGAGAAUGUCUUCGUUGUGGUCCAGGUAACAAAGGUCAUUGUGUCAAUUCAAAUGUUUGUUGUGGUUCAGACUUUGGGUGUUUAAUUAACAAUCAGUAUUCGGAUCCAUGUAGAGUUGAAAAUUUCAUUCCGAUCCCAUGUAAAGUCCCUGGUAAACUCUGUUCAUCAGGUCAAGGAGUCUGUGUUUCCAAUGGGAUCUGUUGUAGUUCAGGCGGAUGUUUUAAUGAUUUAACCUGUGAAAAUGAUACACCAACUAACGAUGAAUCAAUUCAACGUAUCAUUGAUUCACAAUCUUCCCAUACAAUACAAAUUUAAUCGUUCCAAUGAUCAUUAUAAUAGCACAUUAAAUUUGUGUAAUUUUGUUCAUCGUAUCAGAUGGGACUUGAUUCGCAAUUUAAAUGAAAUGUGCUCCGAAUGCGACUUGAUGUCCAAUUUUUCACUCGACUGGGAAAACAACCAAAGUUACUGAGGUACUAUAAUAACCAACUUAAAAUGCCACCUUGAUCAGUGUAAUAAGAUAAACAAUAAUAACACAAAAAUUAAUUUCAAAUUCACA